CACUGAAGCCCCUGCACCUGAGAUGGGAUAUGCGUGCAUGCGAUGGAGAGCAGUGUGGGAGCUCUGGUGGGUGUGCCCAUACAUAGUAGUCUCAUGACCCCCGGCCGGUAUGUGAGUGCCCACUUUGUGCUGGACAGUAUGUUUCAUGCCCAAGUUGCAACAGUGGGCAAGGCUUUGGUGCAAGGUGCCAAAAUCCUUGUUCUCUAGCUGCUUUGGUCUAGAUGCACACUGAGUCCCAGUGAGUUCAAUAUCAGCCACAUGUCUUUCGAAUGAACAGUUGACAGGGCCCCUACCAAUGUGAAGGGGAUUCCGGGAUAAAGGGAGGGACAGGGCAGGCACACAGCUACAGAUUGACUUCGAUGCAUUCUAAAAAUGGCCAUGACAAGUCAAGUUUUGACAUAUAGUUUCUUGAUAACUUUCAUUAUGAGUUCAGAAAAAUGUUCCCCCAAAUGGCCCCUCCAGACAUUGAGGGUCCUGCAUCCAUUUCAAGGCCAUUUUGGCCUUCUACAUGCCCGUAAAAUCAGUCCCCACUGGGACACAUGAUCAUGCCCAUUCGUUAAAAGUGGCAAGGAGUGUAAAAUUCGAGGUAUGGGGUUGGAUUGGAGCAAUCACAGCAGGUGGAACCCCAGUGCUGCCUGCCUGUCACCUCCUCACUGAAGUGCUCUGUGAAUCUAGCCUUUCAGGAUCAAAGUUAGACUCUUGUCUUGUCAUGGGUUUUGCCAUCUCCAGAUGUUAGGGGAUCCAUGACUAAGUAAAUUGGCAACUACCAAGAAAACAUAGAUGCAAGACCAAAUACAUCAUAGUCAAGCGGCAUCUUUGUGUUUGCAGUUCAGUAUCAUGGGUGACUGAGGAGAGGAGCACCCUAAGGGCUGUCACUAAAGCCAUACUCCUCUGUUUGGUAACAUUGUCGGAUUUUGUUGCUACCGUCUCCCUGCUGUGAACUGCUGGGUGCCCACCGUACUCUGACCACUUCUCAAGGGUUUCUGAUGGCCCAAGAUACUAAGUUCCUCCACGCAUCGUCAGGGUGGCUUUAACUUAGCCAAGCAGGAGAGCUCCGUCUCCUAUUGCACUCCGCUCAUCCCCCAUCCCAGCACCCCAUCUCCUGAGCUCCUAGACAUGAGCCCUUGUGCCCAUUUCAUUGAUGGGAAAACUGAGCUGCAGCAAAGGGAAGUGACUGGAGCAGAUCCGUACACUUCAUGAUGGGCCCAGACCAGGACUCCCUAGGUGUGGGCACUGCCACACCCUAAUGAGCAGCACAGGGGAAAUCCAGGCUGGCUGAAGCAUGGGAGAGCCAUGGGAAAAGCUACAGUGCCAGAGACGCUUUUCAUGUUGUAACUGGUAAGUGAGCUGAUGUAACUGGCCUCCUGUGCUGCCUCUAAUCUAACAGUACGGUGAGUCGUGGGCCCGCUAGCCGAGCAUGGUGGCAGACACCUGUAAUCCCAGCCUCAGGAGCCUAGUGUCUCGUCGAACAGCUGUCGCUAUGGUUCAGCUAUUUGUGAAAACAUUAACGGGGGGAUGGCAUCUGCCCAAAACACUAACUAAAGAUGUUUUGACUUAGGCAACAGUAAUGUCUAUCUCUAACUAUGCCUUUAAGAAAAGAAAGGUUGAUUACAAACAGGACCAGAUUUUGCUUCGAAAUGGAACCAGCAGUUAGCAAGCCAAUGAGAGACCAAGUCGCACGGACUCAUUUGACAGAGGACGCUCCCAAAGCGAAUGCUCACAUAGGAAAGGUUAACCAGAAUCAGGCCAAGAGAUGCACAGUGAUCGGGGGCUCUGGAUUCCUGGGGCAGCACAUGGUGGAGCAGUUGCUGGCAAGAGGAUAUGCUGUCAAUGUAUUUGAUAUCCAGCAAGGGUUUGAUAAUCCCCAGGUGCAGUUCUUUCUGGGUGACCUCUGCAGCCGACAGGAUCUGUACCCAGCUCUGAAAGGUGUAAACACAGUUUUCCACUGUGCGUCACCCCCACCAUCCAGUAACAACAAGGAACUCUUUUAUAGAGUGAAUUACAUUGGCACCAAGAAUGUCAUUGAAACUUGCAAAGAGGCUGGGGUUCAGAAACUCAUUUUAACCAGCAGUGCCAGUGUCAUCUUUGAGGGCGUCGAUAUCAAGAAUGGAACUGAAGACCUUCCCUAUGCCAUAAAACCCAUUGACUACUACACAGAGACGAAGAUCUUACAGGAGAGGGCAGUCCUGGGCGCCAACGAUCCUGAGAAGAAUUUCUUAACCACAGCCAUCCGCCCUCAUGGCAUUUUCGGCCCAAGGGACCCGCAGUUGGUACCCAUCCUCAUCGAGGCAGCCAGGAACGGCAAGAUGAAGUUUGUGAUUGGAAACGGGAAGAACUUGGUGGACUUCACCUUUGUGGAGAACGUGGUCCAUGGACACAUCCUGGCUGCAGAGCAGCUCUCCCGAGACUCGACACUGGGUGGGAAGGCAUUUCACAUCACCAAUGAUGAGCCCAUCCCUUUCUGGACAUUCCUGUCUCGCAUCCUGACAGGCCUCAAUUAUGAGGCCCCCAAGUACCACAUCCCCUACUGGGUGGCCUACUACCUGGCCCUCCUGCUGUCCCUGCUGGUGAUGGUGGUCAGUCCUGUCAUCCAGCUGCAGCCCACCUUCACACCCAUGCGGGUCGCACUGGCUGGCACAUUCCACUACUACAGCUGCGAGAGAGCCAAAAAGGCCAUGGGCUACCAGCCACUAGUGACCAUGGAUGAUGCUAUGGAGAGGACCGUGCAGAGCUUUUGCCACCUGCGGAGGGUCAAGUGAGGGACACUGGAGGCUGGGCUCUCUCGACCCGUUCCUCAGCCAGUCACGCCUUCCCCUGUGGAUUGAUGAAAUAACAUCCUUCGAAUGAGUUUGCUCUGAGCCUGGGACUCCUCCUGCUAGGCAGAGAGCACACCCUACUCUUUCCGUGACGAUGAGGGCAGCAAAAACAGGCAUUUCUUCCUUCAUGGAAUUGGAUUUGGAUUUCUUGAAGCAGGCAGCUUCAUAUUAUACUGAUUUGUUCUCUGUC